AUGACUGUCGAAAAUGAGGUCCAUUACAGGCUUGUGGCAAAAUGGAUCGGGUGGGCUGGCAGAACAGGGUUGACCGAACUUGAUCCCAUCUUAUUUCCCAUCUCCAACCACGAAGUUGCUAAAUCACAAUGGGAAUCUACUUUGAUCUUAUCAAUAUCGAUAAAAGAGAAGAACUUCCCCUACGGGACCUCAAGAAAUUCGGUGAAUUUUAUGCCACUCCCA